AAUGUCUGUGCAUCAAGGGUUCUUUCCCGGCGGAUAUGUGGCACAGGAUACGAGCUUUGGACCUUCUUGGAUAUAGAGGCUUGACUGCGUCAUUGGAACUUCUCAUGCACGUUUGUGCGUACGAUGUUGUUGCUUCUCUAGGCCGAAUAUUUGGACAACUCGUGGACAUGACGGGCGAUGACUCCCCAGCAGCUGCGGAUUCCGCAGCCGUGUUGGACCCUUCGCCAAAUGGCAUGUCUUCGACAGCUUGCUGUCUAUUGAAGGGACUAGAUUGUUCUGUUAUUUCAAUGUCUUCACAACGUCAUAUUUCCGGAUACGAAGUCCGUUAUCAAUGGCUUUCUCGAAGGGAACAAGCUAUCCGCGAGCGUUACAACCUAACCUGAAGUAUCGAUAUCUUCACGCACCGUCCGGCUGACGCCUCCCGCUUCAUGGGACAAGUUGUUGUACAUUAUCUCGGGCUAUGCUGACUCUGAUUCGGAUUUUCAUUUGACGCCGAUGAAUGAUGAGCCAUUGUUAUCCGCCCAUUCUUCCAAAGAGAAGACAAUGACAAUCAUGGCGAUGCGUGGAUAACCGCGGAAAUCCUGUUAUAUAUCGAUGACCUGCUGAGAAGUUCCUAU